CUCUCCCCUCUCUCUCCCUCCUCUUCCCAGAUUAUCUCGCAAAGCAAUAAUCUUGGAAGGCGCGAUUGACCUCACACAGUGAAGUGAAAUGGUUUUACAAACCCAAUCUCUCACAACCCAUCUUCUACCUUCAGUCCUCCCCACUGCCCACUUCUCCAGACCACCACUUUCUCUCUCUAAACCCACCAUCACAACCCAAUUCAACAUUUCAAAGCCAUACCCAUUUCGCAAAUCUUUGGUACAACCUCUCAAAUGUUCAGUUUCUGUCGUUUCAGAGCCUACCCAGCUGAAGUCGACUAGCAAUGAUAAACCAUUCCCAGCUGAGGUUUCAAGAACAAUCAUGGAGUUGUCCUCUGUGGCCACUCUUUCUACGUUGACGCAAGAUGGUUGGCCUCUUGGUAUCGGUGUCCGCUUCGCCGUCGACAGCGACGGCACUCCAGUCUUGUGCUUGAAUGUCUCAAAUAGGCAAUUCUCUAUCGACAGGAGGUCUAGCCUCCAUGUCCAGUUAGAGCAAUGUGGGUUGCGGACUCCGCAGUGCACCAUUCAAGGUAACCUUGACAAACCAGGAGACAGAAUGGUUUUAAAUAAACUUCAUUCGAUAUGGAAAAAGAAGUUUGAAGAAGAAGUGGACGAAGACCUUAUUUAUGUUGUUGCUGUGGAACGGGUACUUCAGAUUGAAGAUUUUAAGGAGGAUGGCAUAUGGGUCACUUCGUCAGAUUAUAGAAUGGCAAACCCAGAUCCACUCCGAGACUUUGCAGAAAAGAUUGUUAAUGAGAUAAACAUUCAUAACAUAGAAGAUAUUCAUCGCUUCUGCAACAUAUAUGUUGAUCUGGAUUUUCAGGUGACGGAGGCAAAGAUGGUUUGGGUUGAUCGGUUAGGCUUUGACAUGCGUCUUAGCUGUCCCCAAAAUGGUAUAUUUGAGGUCAGAAUUCCUUUCCCUAGAGAAGUAAUGGAUGAGAAGGGGGCAAAAUCAUCUUUUAAUUGCAUGUCCCAACGAGCCUGGGAGGUGGAGAAGAAUUACCAUGCUCCAGAUUUUAAGAAGGUGAAGCAAUUAAAGAAGAUCGCAUGUAGAGUAUGACAAUUGGAAAAUAAGUUUGUGUUGUUAUAAUACAUCAGAAUGCAUCCCGGCCUUCCUCUUCCAUUUUGUUCUAUUGAUUUCUUGCACGAAAAUGACUGUUUUUCCUUGUUAGCUUCAUGGUGCCCAAUUUUUUUUUAAGAUAAAAGAGAUUGUAUGUAACCUUCUUUCAUGGGUUUCUGAGGCAACCAAAAUAUUUCAUAAUUGAGCUAGUGUCCCCUUCAUAUUCAUUUCA